AUGUUGCGUAGAAUCUGCACUCGAUUAUUUACUAGCGCUGAAGAAGCACCCUUGCUUAUUUCAGACCAUAGUUUUGUCUCGCAAGUAAAAUUAUAUACAUUUUUAUAUUAAUUUCCCUAUAAAUUCAUUUUUUUUAUUUUUUAAAAAAUUAAUUAAAUUUUUUCCUAUAAUCAAUUUUGCAUAAUUUAUAAACCAAAAGCUUUAAAUUCUCUUGACUUAGAGAUGAUUUGUUUACUAGAACAAGCCAUCAUCAACUUUCACAAAGACACAGAAAACAAAGCAUGCUUAUUUUUAGGUUCAGGCAAGGCUUUUUGUGCAGGCGGCGACAUAAGAGCUUUAUACAUGGCCAAACAAUCUGAAGAAAAUUCCUAUAUUCUUUCCGAAUUCUUUAAGCGAGAGUAUAUAGUUGAUUAUGCUCUAGCAAAACUUAACCAAAUGCAAAUCUGUAUUUAUGACGGAAUUGUAAUGGGUGGUGGAGUUGGGAUUUCUAUACAUGCACCUAUUAGGGUAGCGACUGAAAACUCAAUAUUUGCAAUGCCUGAAAGUGGGAUUGGAUUUUUCCCUGAUGUUGGUGGAAGCUAUAUUUAAUUAUAUAAAAUAAAUAAUAUUGGCCUAAGAUAAUUCACUUUUUGCUAUUAAAAUUAUGUCACACGGAAGUCAUUAUUGAGAAUUUAUUAUAUAAAAUUGAUAUACUUUCUACCAAGAUUGCAAGGAAGUCUUGGGUAUUAUUUAGGAAUAACUGGCAGCAGAUUGACUGGCUACCAGCUUGUUCAGGCCGGAAUAGCAACCCACUUUGUCUCAAAAGACAAAAUCAGCGCUUUAAGAGAUGCACUAAUAAGAGAUAUAAACGCUAAUACAAAACCUGAAGAUAUUAUACAAAUCGUCGAUAGUUUUAGUGAAAAGCCACAAGAGCCUUUCACAGAACUAGAAGAAAUUGAAAAGUAUUUUAGCGGAGCUACAUCAGUGGAGCACAUCUAUAAAAAGCUGGAAGAAGAUAAAAGUGACUGGGCUCAAAAAAAACAAAAAAGACUAGAUAUCAUAAGUCCUUUAUCACAAAAAAUAAUUUUUGAGCAAAUAAAACGUGGGAAAAAUCUAUCUCUGGAAGAUUGUUAUGCAAUGGAAUAUAGACUUUCUCAGCAGUUUAUGGCAGGAAAAGAAUUUUUUGAAGGCGUAAGAUCAACAAUUAUUGAUAAAGAUAAAAAUCCGGUAUGGGAGUAUAAAAAUAUUUUCGAAGUGCCAGAUGAAGUUGUAUUGAAACACUUUGAAAAAAUUACCCCAGAUUCGCCUGAUUUAGAUGUGAAAGCGGAGCGUGAUGAGCUUUUAAAGCGCUAA